CUUCCCUUUUAGCCCCACCUCUCCUUCUGGCCUUCGAUUGGGCCCUUUGGGGCUUCCCCAGAGGCAGAUGGGAGGGAUUUAGUCACCGAUGAAAGUUUCAGAGGAGGAAGGAAGUUGCAGGAGGUUGUCACUUGGUCUGGCAGCUGCAUGGGACGGAGGGAGGGCUUGCUGCAGCCAGGGAAGGAAGGAGAGCUGGACCCCUCUCUCUCUCUCUUCCCUGCUUUGGCUCUCUAGACCUCCCCUCGCUUGGCAUGCAGGCUGAACAGCACCAGGAGGAGGAGGAGGAGGAGGAAGGUGAAGGAGGAGGAGGAGGAGGAGGCAGUGAGCCUGAAGGGACUUUUAGGAAGAGCCCCUUCCAGCUGACAGUGGAGGAUGUCUAUGACAUGUCAUACGUCCUGGGCAGGGAGCUGCACAAGAUCGGCAGCGAGCCUCGGGCGGAGGUGCCGGCCAGGGUGGCCCAGGUGCAGUUCAAGGUGGUCAGUGUCCUGGAGAUGCUGGAAGCCUUGGUGAAUGACAGCAGUCUGACAGUGGAAGCCCUGAGGAUGGAGAGGGACAGCCUCAAAAGGGAGGUGGAGGAGCUCCGGGAACAGGGGUCCCGCGGAACUGCAGAACAGGUCAGCCUGGGCCCCAACAAGAUGGUCGUGGACCUGACGGACGCCAACCGGCCUCGCUUCACGCUGCAGGAGCUGAGGGAGGUGCUCCAGGAACGCAACCAGUUGAAGGCCCAGCUGAUGGUGGCGCAGGAAGAGCUGCAGUGCUACAAAAGUGGCUACAUGUCCCAGAAGCAGGAUCCAGUUGAGCUGAUCCGCAAGGAACCCACUGUAGGCAGUGCUUCUGGUUCAGGAAGUGAGGAGAAAACCAUUAUAAAAAGACUGUUUGGUUUUAAAAGGCCACGAUGAAGAGCUUCCUUCUCAUGACUCAAAGCGCUCUGGCUGCACAGGAAGCAGAAGACCAGGAAGUGGGACAGAGGGAAGAAAGUGUCCAAUUUUGUUUGUUUGUUUUGGUUAUCUCUGAAGUUUCAGGAUUUGUGUUAAUUUUCCACUGUUACUUUAAUUCCUCAUUUAUGCACCAGUGUCUAGAGAGCAGGACCAUUUUCUCCUCUGUUACGAAUGUCAGCCUCGUAACGGAAAGUCCUUUUGGUCCACAAAGGGCAAGAAUAAAUUCAUGCACUUUUGUUUCUAGUAGGCUUUGCAAGAGUUUGCCGGUGUUGUUUUCAUCCUUCCAUGGGGAAAUGUUAUUGUCCUGGGCAGCUGUGGGACAACCAGAAUAUUUAUGCUGAUCUGAAGAUGCUUUACAUUAGAACUUAAGAAGAGCCCUGCUGGAUCAGACCAGUGAG